AUCCAGCUCUCAAACUGGUUGGAAUGCCAAGUGAACGGCUUCUUCCCCUAUCCAGCAAACGGCGCAUGGGAUCAAGUCUUCGCCGCAUCAUUCUCAAGCUCCCUCCUCGCCACCUUCAAUACCACACACUAUAACUACACGGGCUGGCUCGCCCUUUAUCACUCCUUCAACGAGACCCUCGGUCAGACAUUCUCUGUCUUCAACCACGGCGCUAUCAACACCCUCGCCGUGCCAAAUUCCAACGGCGAUAAGGGCGGCCUCGUCUACAUGAUUGGAUGGGAGGGCGGUACGCAUAUUCUACUCAACAAGGAUCUGUAUUUCACGGAUGCGACGUUUGCGGUGGUGCAGGAUGUGGGCGGCGGUGAGAGGAGGAUCGUGGAGUUCAGGGAAAGCUCGAAUAUUCCGAAUACAGCGGCGAUGCCGGAGCCGAACGAGUGGACGUGCGGAUUUGAU